AUGGCUCCUUCCCUGGUUAACACACCUGCGCAGAGCACGGACAGCGCGGCUCAACUGCUGCAGGAUCUCGAGGAUAGCAAAACUAUGCCCCUCUGGACCCAGAUGACGAGACUAAACCCCCCAGAGCCCAAUCCCACCGCCGUCCCCUUUGUGUGGAAGUAUGACAACAUUCGCCCUAACCUGCUGCGUGCCGGCCACCUGGUCACCGAAAAGCAAGCAGAGAGGAGAGUCCUGAUGCUGGUGAACCCUGCUCGAGAUGCCCCUUACACCACUGAUACACUCUACGCCGGCCUGCAGCUGGUUAUGCCGAAUGAGACCGCUCCAGCCCACCGACAUACGGCCUUUGCGAUGCGCUAUAUUAUUGAAGGCAACGGGGGCUUUACGGCGGUGCAUGGCAGACGAAUUCGCAUGCAGAAGGGCGAUGUGAUUCUGACACCUGUUUGGAACUACCAUGAUCAUGGCAAAGACGGCAGCGGUCCAAUGAUAUGGCUAGACGGCCUGGAUCUACCUAACUUCCGUCACUUCCCUGUCCAUUUUGUAGAGCACUUCAGCAAGCCCCGCUACCCGGCCGAGGAUGUCGACAAGUCUGCGUCCCCCAUCGUUUUCCCCUGGGACCAGAUGAAGGCUCGGUUAGACGAGACGGAGGGCAAUUGGGCUACACAGCGCUAUUUGAAAGCUGACGGUCGAGAGGUGAGUCGUGUUCUGGGCGGCUGCGCAGAGAGGCUGGAUGCGGCGACCUCGUCUCCACGCCGGCAAGACACCCUAUCAGCCGUUUAUCAUGUCAUUACCGGCAAGGGUCGCUCAGAGGUGGGCGGCCAGGCGUUUGAGUGGAAGGCGGGAGACACCUUCUGUGUACCCUCCUGGUAUCCCUACCAGCAUUUUGCUGAUGCGGGAGAGACGGUCUAUCUCUACCGCUUCGACGAUAAGCCGAUGAUCGCGGCACUGGGAUUUUAUCGGUCGGUGGCGGAUAAUAUUGAGACAUUGAUGUCGGACUGA